AUGCAACUUUUGGAAGAAUACCAUGAACUUAUUGAGCGCGAUGCAACUGACAUUUCUUAUUUAUGGAAAGUUGUGCAAAUAUUUCUUUAUUUCCUAUGUGCAAUCAGCGGUUACGUUUGCAGCAUUUUGUUCUAUUUGAUAUGGAAACAGUCUUUUAAUGGAAACUGUCCACUUUGGGCAAAAUCUAUUUCAAUGUUAAUAAUGGACUCAAUAUUAGAUGACACUGUUAAUAAAUAUACAACAAAUUCAAGUUAUACAGACUGGUGGAACUAUGUUAUCACCACUUAUGAUUAUAGAUAUAAGUGCAUCAUGUAUUUUAUGACAUGUUUGUUCUCCUGUAUAUUUGGAAUUGUAUGGCUCACUUUAUUUUUCAUCUGUGGAAAAGGUGGCUAUAAUACGAUGAUAGUACAAGCACCAUGGAGAAUUGUUCCUUAUGCAAUGGUUUUUAAUUUAAUAUUUUCAAUAAUAACAACAUAUGUCACCAUUGACUUAGAGGAAGGAUAUAAAAAAUUUAGUAACGAUGUGAAGAAUGUUUUCUUCAAAAUGAGCAGCAAUUAUGAAAUACCAAGGAAUAUAAGUGAAUGUGAAAUUGUUCAUACAUAUGUGGAGAUGUAUCACUUUCAAGCUAAUAAUACUUGCAAACUGCUUGUUUGGCUUCAGGCUUUUUCAGUUAUAAUGAUGUGGAGUUGGAUAGGAGGAUUGGUGGUACUAAUUUUCAGAGUAAUAAUAAUUAAUGAUUUUAGAAUUUUUAAAAUCAGAAUCUAUGAAGUUCCAAACAACUAUGCCUUAAAUAAAACUGAUAAAGAUCAAACAGAAAAGUAUAACAAUAAACAAAAUGAGAAGAAAGAUUAA